AUGAUUAAUAUCUUCAGCAUACUCUUUUUGGCCUGGCUUGCUCUCGCACAUCAGGAAGGAACCUCCAGUCAGGAAUUGAGAGAGAAGGUUCCGGACGAAUUUGAGGGAUCGUGGCAAAGAUGGCAUAUGAAACAAGAGCAUGACCUAGAUCAUGCGGACGCUAAAUCGGUAUUUAUUCUCCACGAUACAAGAAAUGCCAAACGUCUCAGCAAACUUGAUAUUCUGAGAAUGUACGGGUUGCUGAGAGAGGAAGUGGUUGGAAGGGGAGACGGUACUGGAUCUCACGAUGACACCGAAGUCAUCACAGAUGAUAUGAAGAACCACCUUGUUCAACAAGUGAUGUCACUAAUUGAUAAAGACGGGGAUGGAGAAAUUUCCUUUGAUGAGUGGAUGGAAUACUCUAGCCAAGGCGGAGAGUUUCCAGAUUUUGGGUACGGUCCGGGACACGAGUAUGAUUUUGAGGAAGAAUAUGAAAAGCAUCACUGGAUCCAGUAUCAUGCAGAAAAUGAUCCCGACGUGAUGGUGCAACAUGCAGAAGAUGUCGAGCACGAAUUAUUGCAUCACCUACAUGAGAUCGAACAUGAGAAAGCUGGCUCGGGUUACAACCAAAGAUUUCCUAUUAGACUGUCAAAGAUUCCACCAAAAUUCAAAGCCUGA